AUGCCGAAUACCGCUUGCAUCCUCUCAAUCGACCAAGGGACAACGGGAACUACCGCUCUCCUCGCUGAUGUGCAGGGGAACAUUAUCGCACAAGGAUACCAAGAAUUCACACAAUACUAUCCCCAUCCCGGUUGGGUAGAACACGAUCCGGAGGAAAUCUGGAACGCUACUUUACAAGCAAUAGACGUACUUUUUGCAAAAGAAAAUGCCCUAAACAUUGUUGCUAUCGGGAUUGCAAACCAACGCGAAACCACACUUGUUUGGGAUAGAAAAACAGGAAAGCCGAUUUACCCUGCAAUCGUGUGGCAGUGCCGUCGCACUGCAGAUAAAUGCGCUCUCCUUGAAAAACAGGGAAUUGCCGAAGAGAUAAAGGCGAAAACGGGUCUCGUAAUCGAUGCCUACUUUUCCGGAACAAAGGUUGCAUGGAUACUGGAUCACGUUAGCGGUGCUCGGGAACGUGCAGAACGCGGUGAACUCGCAUUCGGAACCGUAGAUACGUGGCUCCUUUGGAAAUUAACAGAUGGUGCAGUCCAUAAAACCGAUUACACAAAUGCCUCGCGUACCCUGCUCUUUAAUAUCAACACACUGUCAUGGGACGAAACCCUUUUGGAAAUCUUGAACGUUCCCAAAGCGAUUUUACCUGAAGUUUGUCCUUCUGCAAGCAACUUCGGCACAGCGAGUUUCUACAGGAAUUUUUGGCUUAAAACCUUCGGUAAAAAUAUAUCUCUGGACGGCAUUCCAAUCACCGGAAUGGCAGGUGACCAGCAAGCCGCGCUCCUCGGCCAAUUGUGCACCAAACCCGGUAUGGCGAAAAACACCUACGGGACUGGUUGUUUUCUCAUGCUAAAUACAGGUGCCGAAAAAGUAUCAACAAAAACCGGACUGCUAACAACACUCGCUUGUAGUUUAGACGAAAAUCCUGUUUACGCAUUGGAGGGAAGUGUAUUUGUCGCAGGUGCUGCCGUCCAAUGGCUCCGAGACGGUAUCGCAAUUAUUAAGAGUGCAUCGGAAACGGAGGAAAUUGCUUCCCGUAUACCAGAUUCAGGAGAAGUGUUUGUUGUUCCUGCCUUUACCGGACUUGGCGCGCCAUAUGGGAUCCCGAUGCCCGCGGUGCUAUCCUCGCUUAACCGCGAGGGAGCACGCGCGAACAGAUCGUCCGUGCCCACUUUAGAGUCAAUUGCGUAUCAAUCCGCGGAUAUUGUCAGUGCGAUGUUAACCGACACCGAGAUGACACUUGACGGGUUACGUGUUGACGGUGGUGCAGCCGCUAAUAACUUCCUCAUGCAAUUCCAAGCAGAUAUCUUAGGAAUAAAUGUAGAACGUCCAGCACAAAUAGAAUCAACGGGCUUGGGUGCUACGUACCUUGCGGGUAUCACAGCUGGUGUGUGGAACGACAUCGAAGAACUUGAGGCAAAUAGAACCGAGCAAGCAAGACUUGAAGGCUCCGCUCUUAAAACUCGCGUCUUCUCACCACAAAUAGACGCAAAGCAACGCAACGAAAAACUCGCGCAGUGGAAAAAGGCAGUGCAACGAGUUAUGAGUUAA